ACAUCCGGCAAACCUAGCUCAGCUACCUAACACACCAAUCUCGCAAAAACCUAAGACAUCAAAGCAAACAGAAAAUUAGGGGAAGAGGACGACAUAUUGAACGGAGCAUGGCAAGAGAUAGCUGCUUGGCUCGCGUCACCGCCGGAGUCGCCGUUGGAGGCGCAGUUGGUGGCGCCGUUGGUGCUGUAUAUGGGACUUAUGAGGCUAUUAGGUACAAGGUACCAGGACUGCUCAAGAUUCGAUAUAUCGGGCAAACCACAAUGGGUAGUGCAGCGAUAUUCGGACUGUUUUUGGGCGCAGGAAGCCUAAUCCAUUGUGGGAAGUCCUAUUAAACCAAUUCAUUGCUCUUCUUAAAGGCCUCUCAGGAUGGUGGCUUGGCUUUAGUUGUUACAAUUAAACGUGUUUUUAAGCCUUUGUUUUGUUCAUCGAGUUAUUUGUAUUGGCUUCUGUGGGUGAAUGAAAAUAUGAGAAUAUAUUUC